AUGGUUAUCACUGACUUUUUAAAUGAAUAUAGAGCAAGCCCACACCCAAAAUUAGAUGGAGAAUACCCUUCAAGUUUGUUCUUAGGGAGACAAAUUAGAUCAAAAAUAGACAUACUUCGCUAUAUACCAAAAGAAAAUUUAAAACUAGUAAGCGGAGAAAUAAAAGAAAGAAACACCCGCAGAAUAAAAGAAUUCUCGAAAGGAGAUAAAGUAUGGGCACGUGACCAUUCAAGCCAUGAAAAAUGGUCCCCAGGCGUUAUCUUGGAGGAAAGAGGGGAGUAUAUAUACAAAGUGGAAAUGGAAAGUGGAGCAUUUAAAAUCGCUCAUAUUGACCAACUGCGUUCUCGCGGGAACUAUAAGUUGAGAUCACGAAGUAACAGCCCAGUCGAAAAAGACUGA